CUGAGCCGCUAGGUGGCGCCAUGGUGCACAGAACACUGAUGCUCUGUCCAGAGGUGCUUGGUCUUCCCUGGGCAGUUAAGUUACUGUCGUGUACAGAACAAAGGCCCUCUCCUAUAUUCCCUAAUCUAAAAGAGACUUGAACCCUGGUCUUCCUGCCUUCCAAAUCCGCAGAUUCCACUUCAUUCAUGACUGUCCCCUCUUGAGGACGGCUCUCCACUCAACUGACUGCAUCUGCCUGUAAUGAUGAGAAUUCUCAGUAUUAUAGUUCCAAUCAGUGGGUGGUACAGCGGAAAACCUUUACUAUGGGGUGAUCGUGAGCAAGUCGUUUCACCUGUGCCUGCCAGGACUCCUCGUCUGUAAAAUGAGGAUAACAGCACCUACGUAGCUUCCAAUGUAGUUGUGGGAUAGUACUUGUAAAGCACUUUGCACAUUUUAAAGUGCUAUGGAAAUCCUGGCUAUCAUCCAUUAUCGCUAUUAUUGUCCUGGGUUAAAGGUGCGGAACUCCCCUGUGGCCAGUGGAUUUGAAGUUCUGCACCACUGGAUCCGGAGUUCCAACUCCCUGGGUUCCCUGGAGCCUCAGUUUCCCCUUCUGUAAUCGGAGGGAGAUGUUGCUGGGCCUGUGGAGGGAUGUGCGUGUGUGUGAGCAGAGCUCAGGGUGGGCCAGUUUGGUGCAACAGGGCCGGAGGAAGAAGGAGGGGAAUGUGACCCCCGUGAGGAUUGGUGAGAGGCUCCACCUGCAAGUAUCCCAGACCAUCCUACCUGGCUGUGAACUGUUGCUGUGGCCCCAGUCUCCCAGCACAGGCCCAGGACAUGCAGAGGAACAGCCAUUGACCAUGGAGUCAGGGUCAGGGCUGGGGACCACAGUACUAACCGAUGGGGUCUCUCCUGAAGGGGACUCUACUGAGCCAUGCACAGCCAUCUCUCCCCAGCAGGGCCUUGCCAACAAGAAAGACACAAAACAGAGCCUGGAGUUUGGGCCUAAAUCCCAGGGUGAUCACAUGGAAGAAGAGGGGGAGAAGGAGGAAGAGAGGGAAGGAAGAAUAGCCCCCCUGCCAGACAGCCCUGCAGAAGGGACACAGCUGCCCCAGAGCAACCUGUCCAUAGGUCCAGGGGAUCUGAGCCCCAGCAAUUCGAGCUCGUCGUCUGCAGCUCCUGGGGGGGCCCCUCGGCUCAGCCCCCGCCUGGCUAACAGAUCUUGUAAGCUGUUUGGCCCCGGAAGCCCCCGGGACCGCCAGGCUGGAGAGGCAGAGCACUCAGACCUCACCAAGCCUCCUGGGGGAACUGCCCGGCACUCCUCUAGGCGCUACCACUGUACUGUGUGCAGCAAGGCCUUCCUGCAGCUCUGCCACCUGAAGAAGCACCAGUUUGUCCAUGCAGGGCAUAAGCCAUUCCUUUGCACGGAGUGUGGCAAGAGCUACAGCUCCGAGGAGAGCUUCAAGGCCCACAUGCUAGGACACCGGGGCGUCCGGCCCUUCCCCUGCCCACAGUGUGACAAGGCCUACGGCACCCGCCGAGACUUACGAGAGCACCAGGUGGUACACUCAGGCGCCCGCCCCUUCACGUGCGACCAGUGUGGGAAGGCCUUCGCCCGGCGGCCUUCCUUAAGGCUUCACCGCAAGACCCAUCAAGUGCCUGCUGCCCCCACCCCAUGCCCCUGCCCCAUCUGUGGGCGCCACCUGGCCAACCAAGGCUCCCUGAGGAACCACAUGCGCCUCCACACAGGUGAGAAGCCCUUCCUGUGCCCCCACUGUGGCCGGGCCUUUCGCCAGCGCGGCAACCUGCGGGGACACCUGCGCCUCCACACUGGCGAGCGCCCCUACCGCUGCCCACAUUGCACAGAUGCCUUCCCACAGCUGCCGGAGCUGCGGAGGCAUCUCAUCUCCCACACAGGCGAGGCCCAUCUGUGCCCAGUGUGUGGCAAAGCCCUGAGGGAUCCCCACACGCUUCGAGCCCAUGAACGCCUGCACUCCGGCGAAAGGCCCUUUCCCUGCCCCCAGUGUGGCCGGGCAUAUACUCUGGCCACCAAGCUGCGGCGCCACCUCAAGUCUCACCUGGCAGACAAGCCUUUCCGCUGCCCGACCUGUGGCAUGGGCUACACCCUGCUGCAGAGCCUCAAAAGGCACCAGCUCAGCCAUCAGGCUAAAGGCCCGAGUGGCUGCACUGCCACCUCGGCCAAGCCCAGCGUGGUGCUGCUCCAGGCGGAGACAGAGCUGGUAGUCGCCCCAAGCGAAGAGGAUUCCUCCCCCACCCCCACCUCUCCCCCAGCAGAUGUCAUCGAGAUCUCCAUUUCAGAGGGCGAGGACAGAUGCAUUGUGGUUCAGGAAGAGCCAGGACCCGGGCAUAGCCUGGUCCUCAUUCCAGAGGGCAUGGCAGGGUUCAGCACUGUGGCUGAAGUGGUGGAAGUGGAGACAGGCCCCUGACGUUGUCCUGCUCCCAGCUGGCCCUCCAGAAAAGUCCCUUCUAUAAAAAUGUCUUAUUUUCUAGUGGCUUGGUGUCGAGUGUCUCCCUGGACUGAUCUCUCUUUGUAUUGUCUAACUGGAACCAGAAGGAGAAGGUCAGAUGGUUCCUGGAUAUGGCGAGGGCCCCCCACGACCUCCUCCUUUGGAAAGCUCCAAGUGCUCAUGGCGGUGUGGACUGUGGCCUGCUCCGAACCCAGUUGUCCCCAGAGGCCGAGCUGGGGUGCCAGCUGUCCCUGCGCACCUGGCCUGUGAAAUUUCCACCUGGGGCUUGUGAGCUGGUCACUCCCUCACCAGGGAGAGUGCAAAGGCAGGAGCAGCAUCAGCAGCUCCUGAGCCAGAAUUAAGCACCUCCCCAUCAGGAAUGGGAGUGGCGUGAUGGCGUUCCUCAGCUCACCAAAUCCCGAUGGAGUAGACCAGCUGGCCUGCUUUGGAGAUACAGAGAAAGACAAAAUGGGCCUUGUUUUGUGUUUCACAGACUGAAAAACAACUUGGUGGAACUGGAAGGAGGAGAGCCUGGCUUUAAAUCUUGCCUUAGACACUAGUGGUGUGACCCUGGGCAAGUCACUGUUCUCUGAGCCUUCAUUUUCCUCAUUUGCAAAAUGGGGAUAAUGGUGCUGUUGGGAUCAAAUGGGCCAGUGUCUUAUCAGUGCUGUAUAAAUUUCAGCUGUAAUUCUUGGUGGGACGCUAUUUUGGAAGGGGCCAAAUGUUAAUUCUAGCUGGUGUUUCUAGAAUCCUUUAAAGGUUAAUUGAACAUCUUACAUGCACUAUAUCAUUUGCUUCUAACAGAACCCUAUGGGUUAAAUGGUUCCCAUUUUGUAAAUGAGGAUGCUGAGACCCCUAGGCAGAACUUGGGAAAACAGGGACAUUGUGGGCAACUUGAUUAGAGACCAACGUGAAGGUCAGUCUGUCUCUUGCUUUUGCCCAGGCUCUGAGAACAUCAACAGUGGUUCUUGCUGAGCCGCCGCCGAAGAGGAGAGUAACAGUGUUGUGCACUGAGUGCCUGCUCUGGGCCCAGGGCUUUUUCUUUGUGUAGGGAACUUUAACAAGAAGGGGGCCUAGUCCUUACUCCCAAAGAAUUUAGGCUCUCUUGGUCAAAACAGCACAAGAUAAUAGCAUUGGGGAGCGUUGAAAAGCCUAAAGGCUGAGAUGAUUGAGAAAAACUUUACUUUGUGCCACACACUGAAUGUGUGCUAAGUGCUGGGGUACAAAUCUCUUCAGUCAGUACAUGGAUAUUAGCACCUGUUAAUGGCCAGAGGAAGGAAGAAAAAAGGUGAACAAUUAGGACAGAUUCUAGUCCUGACAAUUAGUCUUAGAACUGGAACCAAACUUUGGACAUGAUCUCGCCUAGCCUCCUCAUUGUGCAGAGAAUGAAACGACUCCACAAAUGAGCAGGAUUUGCCCAGGAGCAUCCAGCUAGGCAGGAACAGAACCAGCAUGAGAAUGUAAGUCUCCCCACUCUGGCCAGGGUUCUUUUUUCCCUAAAGGAAUUAAUGUAAUGGUUAUGUAAUUUUAAAGAAUCAGUGGGUAGGGGGCAACUAAGUGACUCAGUAAAUGGCGAGCCACUGGGCCUAAAGAUGUGAGGUCCUGGAUUCAAAUUUGGCCUCAGACACUUCCUAGCUGUGUGACCCUGGGCAUGUCACUUAACUCCCAUUGCCUAGCCCUUACUGCUCUUCUGCCUUUGAACCAAUAUACAGUAUUGAUUCUAAGAAGGAAGGUAGAGUUUCAAACAAACAAGCAAAAAGAAUCAAUGGAAGGGUCAGCUAGGUAAAGCACCAGGCUUGGAACCAAGGAGGAUCUGGGUUCAAGUCUGGCCUCAGACACUUUCUAGCUGUGUGACCCUUAGAAAGUCACUUAACUGAAAUUGCCUAGCUCUCACUUGAUACUAAGUCAGAAGGUAAGGGUUAAAAAAAAAUCAAUGGAAAGACUUUUAACUAUUUGUUACAUUGAAAUUCAUUAGGAGGAAGAACAUUCCUUCAAAUUCUCCCAGAAUAGAGAGAAUUUUAAGGAGUCUUGGCUCAUACAGACUAUCUCAAAAAGUUUUUCCAACUUUAAAGGAAAGCAAAAUUCUUGAGCUGAAUUUGUUAGGUUUAGAACAAAGUCAACCAAGAGUUGUAUUUUGUGUUGGAUGUAAAAUAUAGCACUGUGGGACUCAAAUUAAUAUGUACAGAUCAUGUAUUCUCAUUUUUUGGAGUGGAAAGAACCCUGAACUUGGUGUUAGUAGGCCGGCUUUGAAUCCUGGUUCUCCCAUCCAUGCAAAGGGCCUUUCCAGCCCAGAUGGUCUUUGUUAAUAACUUCUAUUUCUUUAGUGAUUUAUGAUUUGCAAAGCAUCUUACAUACAUUAUGUCAUUUGCCGAAAGGCAGCCUUGGAGUCAGGGAGAUCGGGUGACUUACGUUAGCUGUGUGACCACGGGUAAGUCAUUUAGCCCAGUGCCCCCAGCAACUCUCUGAGAGUUAUUGAAGAUCUCUAUCGAUGGAGAAAGUUGCCAAACAAACCCCAGGGCCAGACCAAAACACCCCUGUUAGAUAGGUACCACUAAUAUUAGCCUUAUUUUACAGAGGAGUAAACUAAAGCUCAGGAAAGUCCUAAGAUUAUUGGAUUUUCAGAGUUGAAAAGGACCUUAAAGAUCAUCCAGGCCAGUGAUUCUCAUGCUGUGGUCGAGGGACCCUUGGGGGCCCAUGAGAGCCUUUCAGUGGACCUAUGAGGUCAAAACUAUUUUCAUGGUAAUACUAAAACAUUUUAAAUUCUAAUUCAAUAGAUAUUAACAGACAUAACCCAUAUAAACAAAAGCCUGUCGUUGGGGAAAGGUCCUCAAUUUUUUAAAGUGUAGAGGGGUCAGGAGACCAAAAAGCUUGAAAAAGUUGCUCUAGUCUUUAGAUAGAUAGCAGUUGUUUUGUUUUGUUUUUCACAAAGGUUAUUUUAUAGUUUUUACAAAAGUUACAAAGUUAAUUUACAAAGGAAGACAUUCAGGAUCAUCAAGGUAAAGUGACUUACCAAAGGUCACGCAACCCUUAUGUCAUAAAACUACAUAGGACUGGAGAAUUGAAAGAGACUUAGUUGCCAUCUAGUCCAGCCUAUGCCCCAAAGGAAUCCUUAGCAUAAUAUACCCACCAAGUGGCCAUCCAGUGUCUGAAGACCUCAACAAGGAGGAACAAUCGAGGUGUUUCAUUCUGCUUUUGGACAGUGCUAAUUGUUAGCAAGUUCUUCCUGACACCAAGCGUAACUCAAUUUGCUUGUCCAUCCACUCUGGUUCUUCCCCUGGGGCCAAACAUGAAGUAAUCUCCUCUAUGUGAUAGUUACUUCAGAUACUUAAAGACAAUUGUCAUGGGAGCAGCUGUGUAGCUCAGUGGAUGGAGAUCCAAGCCUAGAGACAGAAGGUCCUGGGUUCAAAUCUGGCCUCAGACACUUCCCAGCUGUGUGACCCUGGGCAAGUCACUUGACCCCCAUGGCCUAGCCCUUACCACUCUUCUGCCUUGGAGCCAAUACACAGUAGUGAUUCCAAGACAGAAGGUAAGGGUUUAAAAAGAAAACAAAACGACUGUCAUGUCCCCUCUGAGUCAUUAGAGUAACCCACUAUAGACUCAAGGCUGUGGCUCCUGGUUGCCCUCCUCUGGACACUUUCCAGCGUGUCAAGUAGUUUUCUUGACCUCUGGUGUCCAGAGCUAAGCCCAGUAUUCCAGAUGAGGUUUGAAGAGGGCAGAGAACAUGGGCCCGUCAGCACCGUGUUCCUGGAAGUGGAGCCUCAGUGCGGUCUGAGCUCACGUUAGCUUCUUUGGCGGCCACAUUGUACUGUUGAUUUUUGUUGACCUUUUGGUCUGCCAAAACUCUCAGCUCUUUGUCAUAACAACUGCUAUCUAGCUAUGCCUCCCACAAGUUGAUUUGUACCCUAUGGAACAUGUCACCUUCACCCCCCUCGAUGUCAUCUGAUUAGAUUUAGCCCAGUCCUCUAGCCUGUAAAUAUCUUCUGGGAUCUGGAUCAUCCUCGAGUGUGUUACAGUUUGGUGUCAUAUGCAAAUCUGGUGAGCAUGAUGUCUAUACCUUCAUUCAAGACAUUGAAAAAGCUAUUAAACAGUGCAGGGCCAAGCACAGAUCCCUGGGAAGUGA